UGCCAGCCCGGCCUGUGCGCCUCGGCGCCCGGGCGGCGCGGCGGGCCGUUAGGCACAGGGUCUGGGGGCUGGAGGACCUGGUUGCGCAUCCUGGCUGGCUCUUUCAGACUUUUUUGUGACCUUGUGCAAAUUGCUAAGUCUCGGUUCCUCGACGGUAAAAUGGGCUUAAUAAUAUCUGCUUCAGGGUCAAAUGUCUGGAUCGUCGCCUGCAGCGCCAUGCCCGGCCGUUCCAGUGAUCUGUUAGACAUGGGAAUGACUAUCAUCACUGCCUGAGUUUUGACACAAAUGAGGUGCAUGGACAAAGGUCUGUCCUCUGUGGCUAGACAGGUUAGGAUCAUGUCCUGCUAAUUUUCUUAAGUUGUAAACAGCCAUUCUAGAUAUGCAAUAAAUGAUCAAGUUACGACUCAGGGAGGACUCUCUUAUUCUUGGCUGAUAUUUUCCCAGGCAAACCUUGCUUCAGUGAGGUCCUCCCUAGGUGAGAACCGCGAGCUGCUUUCAGGGUUGACUGCUAAGUGGCAGGUAGAACUGCACCCUUCCAGUCACAGGGAGCGGCUGAGCUUUAGGAUGGAGGUGCUGAGGUGGAAUCAGGUGGGGGUGGGGAGAAGAGAGGCCACAUUAGAUGAAAGGCCCUUCUGGCUGCCACAUGCGGGAGGCAGGCAGUCAGAAGUAUCUUUGGAUUAAGAGAGGGGGUCUUGGCCAAUGGAACCUUCUUGUGAAUUAGAAUGGCCUGAGACCACACCACGGUAGACGAAAUGAGAAGUCUGGAGCUGAGGGAGACAGAUCAUUGAGUGAUGAGAUUUUUAGGGUAGGAUAGGUUGGAUACCCUGGGGACAUUGAGAUCUGGGGUGGCGAGGAAAAGAGGGGGCCGCCUCCUUUCUUCCUUUCUCCUGAGAGGGCGCUCAUCCUCUCCUGCUUCCAGUGGCUCAGUGCAGAGGCUCCUGGAGGCAUUUCUGGUUGGGCCUGGUGGCAUGUGUGGGACCCUGGGCCCUGCAGCAGGUCGGAGGGCUGCUUCUCCCCGAGCCUGUCAGCCUGCCCACUUCCACACCUCUCACUUGAUGCCCUGUGAAUGGACCGUUUGAGUCUCGUGGGCCCUGCUCACUGUCCGGCUUGCCUCUGGCCUGCCCUGACCAGUAAUUUCCACUGAUGACUGGAAGUAUUCUAGCUUAUUAGAAUUCACUAGACUUUGUUCUUUGUAGGAAUUAAAGCUUGACUCCUAUUCAGGACCAACAGACCUAUGAUCCCUGGUGUGAUGAGAGUGGAAUUUGCUGUCCUGAAUAAGAAAAGCAAGUCAGGAAGCUUGGACCCUGACUCCACUUCAAGAGACACUGGAGAGAUGGAAGCCUUAGAACCUGGGAAUAAAAAGAGGGUCCUUCCCACAUGGAUGACAGCCCAGAUGGCUGAGAAGAGAAUGGCACCAAUGAAGACCCCCAAGAGGAGGAGAAUGGCAGCAGUGCCGGCGGCUGCUGCAGCCAGACUUCCUGUGCUGAAGACUGUGUACUGCAUGAACGAAGCUGAAAUGGUAGAUGUUGCCCUGGGCACCCUGAUUGAGGGCCGAAAACAGGAAGAGUGCUCAGAACAGCCGGCUCUGGCAGGCGCUGAUAAGGCAGAGCUCUCCCCAACCUGCUCAGCGUCACCCAGUUCUCCUGGGAGCAGUGAGGACGAGGACAAUGGGAAAGAUGCUCUUCCCCCAGGCCACAGCCCUUCUCAGGGGCCUGCUGGUUCUGACUCUGGCUGCAGCAGAAGCCCUGAGGAAGACGAGGAUGUGUUGAAAUACGUCAGGGAGAUAUUUUUUAGUUAAGGGACAAACUUCCCAGGACUUUCUGUCCAGAGUAGCUGCACGAAGCUGGGAUCCCUCCCUGCCUGGGGGCUGCCCUGGGACGCCGUGGGCCUUUUCCUCCUAGCUCCACAAUCCCUGGGCUGGGCAGAUUCACCUUGGAGCAGAAGCCCCAGGACACUCUGGGCCUUGGGAAGUGAGGCAUCAAAAUGAGCUCCUGUUGGAAUUCCUCUGCACUGUGGCCUCUCCCAGCUCAGGGGUCUGCAAUCCCAAUUUUCUGUUUUAUUCAGUUACCAGGGAAAAUGAGGUCAUGGUGGUCAGACUUAUUGGAACAAAAGAGUCAGCUUAAUAAUUUUAAAGAAAAAAAAGCAUGGCUGCUAGGUACACUGGAAUUCCUAUAAUUUAGUCAGCACGAUCUCUCCCUAAGGAGGAAGCCUAUUGUAAAAAUAGCUUCCAUCAUGAGGCAACCAGCCAGCCUGUGAGCCCUCAGUUGUCCAGCCCAGCUGCCCUCAGUGCUCUGCUCGGUCUGGGAGCUUGCAGCUCAGUGCGCAGAUGGGCAGCCUUCUUACCAGCCUCCUUACCAAUCAGACAGGCCUCCUGCCUGAGCUGCCACCUUCCUUCCACUUGGCAGCCUUCGCCUAGGUCCCUAGGCCGUCGUAAAGGGAGAGUGGGGCAGGACCCCAAAGGAGAACACUAAGGACAAGAGAUCACACCAGAGUCAUAUUUCUGCCUCUAUUCAGUGUGGCUUUUGACAGGCAUAGAAUGAGGCGAUCAUAUGCUGUACAGGUUUUCCAGUAAACAGGUGCUGAAAAAUAUACAACAUUCCCCAGUG